AUGAUGCAAUCUGCUUUGUACGGCAAAUUCCUUGGCAAAGCAUUACCCCUAGAUCAAGCAAAACAAGCUCUUAUGGAGGUUUGGAAGGACUUUGGAAGUUUGAAAGUUUCAAACCUUCUGAAUGGAUAUUAUUUCAUCCAGUGUGAGACGGAGGAACUCCAAAACCGCAUGUUGUUUGAUGGUUCUUGGACAAUUGCAAGUAGAAUCUUGCAGCUUGCUUCCUGGCGUGAGGGAUUUCAGCCCACUAUUGAACAACUUUCUACAACUGCUGUUUGGAUCCAGAUCUUUCAUCUUCCCAUUGAAUUAUGGAACGUUGAAACCCUUGAGGCAAUGGUUUCUUUCUUUGGUAAAGUUUUAAAGAUCGAUGAACAUACCCAAUCUCAAUCCCGUACUAGAUUUGCCCGAGUUUGCAUUGAGAUUAACCUCCGACUACCUCUCCAACAAGGGGUUUGGGUGAAAUAUGGGGAUAGCAAUAUCCUUGCCUUGGUCUAG